AUGGUUCAAACAGAGAAACACGAGUAUGCUUCCCGGCAUCGAUCCUUCAAGGGUUGCUGGACCUGUAAGAAAAAGCGGGUUCAAUGCGAUGAAUCCCGGCCAGCAUGCACAAGGUGCACCUCAAGGGGUUUAGUUUGUGGGGGAUACGAGAUCCGCCUGCGGUGGGGUGCUGGUAUUGCAUCUAGAGGGAAGUACACGGGCGCACAGAAACCAGUCAAAGAAUCGAUUCCACCACAGUCAAGACGGAGGUGGGAUAUGCGAGACAAAGCGGAAAGGUCCCCUCAAGGCGAUGGUCAAGGGCAGCCGAUGCUAGUUUCUCCACCGGAAGAUCAACCGCAACUGGUGGCACGACGAGCAACGGUCAACAUAUUGAACACACCGUGGGAGCCGGACUCCUCGGAGCGAAUCGCCGCCAUAAACAAGCAUUUUGAGAUCCCAGUUUCUCUGACAGCACUGAAUACAACACCCCACACUUAUUCGGGGCCAGAAAAAACCAGGCAAUACCCCAGCAAUCCUGGCGGGCGGAGCAUACUGGCGUGA